AUGCAUCAUACAAUCCGAUGGCGAGCACUGAAUUUUCAGCAUGCACUAAUUAGCACAUGCCUCAAACAUGGCUCGGAUGCUGUUGUUGUUGUUGCUGUUGUUGCUGAUGAUGAUGAUGUUGAUGAGGAUGAUGAGGAUGAUGGGGUGGUGGUACAGAAAGAUGAGGAUUCUGUUGUUGCUGUUGCUGCUGCUGAUGAUGAU